GACGCGGUGGCGAGCGGUUGUAGUCGUGCGGCGCUGUGUGUGUGAGUGGUGCGUCGCCCGGGCUGCGCUGUCGACACGUGAAGCUCCCUCGGUGUCACCAACGCGACGCAAAACAUUGGCUUGUGAUCUAGAGAAACGUGGUGAUUCUAUGCUUAGUGAAAUAUCAAAGAACAAGAAGUGAUAAACUAUGAUGCCUUCGAGAUAGCAAGUCUAUAUAAUAUCAGUGAACAAGGUGUCGAAGCUGUUGUGAAACACUGAUAAAAAAAGGGGUUUUCUCUCGUGCUAUCGUCUGAGGAGCCCUUCACCCUUCUCCCCUCUCACUCGCCCGACCCCCUCCCCUCACCCACACGCCCACCCCUCCCCACCCCACGCCCCCCGACGCCCCCCAAGAUGGAGCUCCUCACCACGAAGAUCAUCGCCCUCACCCUCAUGGGCGUCCUCUCGCUCUUCUUCGGCCUUCUUCCUCUCCGCUUGAAGACGUACAUCCAACGCGCGAGCAAGAAGAGGGAGAGGAUCGUGAGCUGCCUCCUUUGCUUCGGCGGGGGAGUCCUUCUGGCCACCGUCUUCACCCACAUGCUUCCGGAGACGCGGGAGAACUUCGCCAACGCCUUCGAGAAGAACGUCCUCACGGUGGGGGCCGACUACCCUCUCGCCGAGCUCGUCACGUGCGCCGGAUUCUUCCUGGUGUACUUCGUCGAGGAAUUCGUUCAUAAGAUUUUCUUCCGUCGGGAUCACCACCACGGCCGCAAGAUGACGAAACUCGCAGCGGCCAUCGAGGGCGAGAACGGCCACACGCAUCACCAUCAUCACCACCACCACCACCCGCACUCCCACCAUCACCACCACGCCCACAAUCACGCCCACACCAACGGAACCUCACCCACGGACGUCCAGCCGGUCAAACCCGACCCUGUGCAAAAUGGGAAAAAGACCCAAGAGGCCGGGCGGUGUGCUGUGUACUCCAUCACGGGCGCUGUGGAUUCAUCGAGGGGCGUGGGCGCAGGCGGCGCAGGAGACGUCUCUUCGAAGACCCGGUGGGCGGAGUCGGGUGUUGAUAACCCAGUCUUUGCAGGAGAUAUUGAUGCUGUGACCUGGAACCCCGAACUCAAGGAUUCUAUUACCAACGGCACGCAGGUGGUGCCUGUGACGACCCUGUCCAGCAGCGCCGUCCCCGAGGCAGCUGGACACGGCGACCACGGCCACGGCCACGGCCACUCCCACCUCAAUAUUGGCCGACUCGGAAGCAAAGGUCUGGCCUCCAAUCUGCGCUCCCUGUUGGUCAUUCUUGCGUUGUCCUUCCAUUCCGUGUUCGAGGGCUUGGCAGUGGGCCUCCAGGAGAAAGAGGUGGACGUGUGGUACCUCUUCGGAGCCAUCUGCGCACACAAGUUGGUUAUCGCCUUCUGCAUGGGACUGGAGCUCCUGGUAGCGGGCACGGUGGUAGGCCUCAUGGUCGUCUACAUGGUUGUGUUCGCCCUCGUGUCGCCGCUGGGGAUCGCCAUCGGGAUCAUCGUCACGGAGAACAUCACCUCGAACGACGGAGGCCAUCUGGUUGCCGUGACCAUCCUGCAGGGCCUCGCGGGCGGGACCAUUCUUUACGUGACGUUCUUUGAGGUGCUGGAGCGAGAGCGCAACCACGGCGGCGGGAGGCUCAUGAAGCUCCUGUUCAUCGUGCUCGGCUUCGGCGCUAUGGCUGCCGUGGAGGCCGUGGGAGGGCACUCGCACGGGCCCAGCGGCCACGGACACAGCCACGGCGGGCCCUUACCCGAUCACGACCACGAUCACGACCACGAUCACGACCACGACCACGGACACGACCACCACGACCAUGACCACCACGGCCAUGAUCAUCACGGACACGACCACUAAGGCUGACAAGCCUUGUGUAGUGUAAUCUAAGGACUUUGGUUUGCUGUCGUCCCUGCGUGAGGGAACGACAUCAGCUGGUCGUUCUCCUGACUGCAAGGGAGCGAGGCAACGGCGCUCGCUUCCCUGCUGUGGCUGUGAUCCAAGGACUUGAAGUGAAAAGCCAAAAUUGGAAACUAGGAAGCGAGCAGCGACAGACGCGAGUGGCUAGCGAUCUCGGCCAUGUGAUCAUCCUGUACCAUAUAAGAUUAGUGCCUUAAGGAGGAUUUUAAAAAGAACAAUUUCUUCCCUUUUUUCUCUCUGUGUGAGAAUUCAAUUCUUCCUGAGAUAUAACAGUGCUGAAAGAAAUAUAUAUAUAUAGAUAAGACACAAACAUUCCACUGAAUUCUUUACUGAAAUAUUUAGAAAAACAAAACACUUUUAGUAGCUAUCUUUAUUAAAGAUGAUUUUCCGUACGUGCAUUUGCUGAUUAGUGGCCAAAAUAUUCAGAAAUCCAGUGUUCCAGGUGUUCUAGUGUGUUCCGAAUGUGCUUACAAAGUCGGUACCAAAAACGUGUUAGUUUGUGCUUCUCGUAACAGAGAGUUCCUUCCCUUCUCUUUUCUCUUUAGUGUUAAUUAAUAGUGACCUUAUGUCUAUGGUCGCAUUUUUUUUAUAUCAUGGUAUUUCAUCUUUUCAUGGUUGGUAAAGUCAUUUGAUUCUUUUAAUGAGAACAAAUUUGUGCUUAUCAACAUUCCCUCACAAAUGUCUUAUCCAAUUUCUUGGUUAUCUCAAAGACUGUCGCGAAAACAUUUAUAGUGAGAGUACUUAAGUCACUUUGACCGACCUUCCUUGCAGUACUAGAAAUAUAUCACUUUACGAAAAUCUUAAGAAAUGAAAGCUAUUGAUCCAUACAAAGAAAACUAGACUAUUUAACGCAUGCGAGUAUUUCAUCAAACAUUUAUAUUUCUGUGUUGCGAUACAUCAUAUUUUCAACACCAUAAAGUUGCAAUACUUUAUACACGCUGAGGCAAAGUAAGAAAAGUUCUGGAAGGAUAAAUCUGUUUUUGCUUUCUGCUUUUUUUUUUUUUUUUUUUUUUUUUUUUUUGCCGACGGGGAUAAAGGAGAUAAAAGAGAAUGAAAAACGGUUUUAGAGAAAGGGUUAG